CCCGGAUGUGGCGGAGCGGCCGUUCCGGGACGUUGUUACUGACGCUCCGCGGUCGCCGGGGCCGCCGGCGCGGAGCCGCAGGGGGAUCCCGGCCGGGAAGAAAAACAGAAUUAGAAGGCAAGCAGGAAGAUGUCUGGCCAUGAAGAUGACUUGCUAGUAUACUUCAGAGAGAAUAAAACUGAGAAUUAAGAAUUGGUGGAAUGGGCCAUGAAAUUUCUUUUUGCAUUGACUUGAAUUUGUAGAGAGCAGCAUAUUAGUAUCCAGAGUGAUUCAUCUAGCAGAACAGAAGGGAUAAAGGAGCAGAAUGACUGAGGGAAAAGAGGUUGCACAGAGCUGUUUGCAAACUUGCAAAAUAAGAACUGUCAUGAGAAGAGAUGGUGGUGUUGAAAAAACAGUUGGGACACUGCUAAAGAAGAUGCUCAGGUAACCUGGCUAGUAGAUAAGGAAAAGGCUAUGGAUGUUGUGUGCCUGGACUUCAGCAGAGCCUUUGAUACCGUCUUCCACAGCAUUCUGUUGGCGAAGCUAGCAGCCCAUGGCUUGGAUUCUAAAAAUGGAAUGGGGAGGAGAGUAUUCUUUUGAUUCUUCCAAUUUAGACUGUUUGUUAAAUGUCCUCCCUGGAGAACUGGAAUUUCGACAAAUCCUUAGUGAUCUUGAUGAAAAAAUAAAGAAGAACUCUUCCAGCAUAGAAAAGUGUCUUAAGGACCUGCAAUCAGACGUAAAUGAAAUAUGUACUGAGGAAGUACUACAAAGCACAACUGACUGCCUUCAGUGGCUAAAUAACUGCAAUUUUAGUUCUCUCAGACCUUCUUCUACAGACCAUGGAGAGCUGCUGGAGUUCCUUAAGACCCUGCAAAGCUUGUUGAAGAAUGAGAAGAAUCAAGAAGAAAUGGUACUUCACUUCCUCCUGGAUCUCUCUAGUCAGUGUGGUGUCUCAUUUCCCUGUACUGCAAGUGGGACGUCUUUUGAGUUAACAUCUUCGCUUCAUACUAUUCAGGAUGAUUCAGCUGUGGAUGUGAAAUCUCUUUGGGAUGAUGUGAGAUUGCAUCUUCGACAAUUUUUAGUAAAUAGACUGCAAAGUCAAGAAGAAACAAACACUAAUGCUUUGCAACAACAAAUGGAGUUUAAAACUCAGUGUGUACAGCAGCUUUUGUUUCUUUAUCCCAAAUCAGAAGUCUUAAUGAGGUAUCAAAAUAUGCAGAAUAAACUGGUUAGUGAUCUUCUACAAAACUGUAUUUUGUCUAGUAGUGGUGAAACAAAUUUUGAUAAGGUGGUUCAUGGUUAUCAAAGUUCCAUACCCAGAUUGUGCACAAUGAUAAAAGAGGAUUUGUAUAUACUAAGUGGAACAACUGGUCCAUCUUCGUCAUUAAAGUUUAUUAAUGAAACUUACCUGGAUACCAUCACUGAAGAAAUGACAGUUCUUCUUGAAAGACUUUGUGAGCUGCAGUUCAAAGAAAAUGCUCUACACAUAGUUAAAGCAAACAAGAUUUCAAAGAAGCAUAGAGGAAGAGUUCACGCUGUGGCCUCCCAGGAAUACCACAGGAAAGGACGGAACUUCUGCUUAACCUUAUAUCAACUCAAAUGUCUUUCUCAACUUAUCAAACUCUUCUUAUUAAUGGAGGAAAAAAUUGAAGAGCUCUCUACAGAAAUUCUGCUGCUGCCUUCAUUUAUGGAGAGGAAUAAGAAUGUUCAAGGAGUUCUGAAGAGAGCUAGUGGGGAGCUUUUAAUAGGAGAAACUAGAGCAAAUGAAACCAGCGUGCUUCCUGAACAGUUACUUCAGGUAGAAGAGCCUAUUUUACUGAGUUUUGGCUGGAGAAAUGCAUUUAAAGACCUGUCUUCUUCUGUGGCUCACUGUAUAACAAUAGCAAUUGAGGAUUUUUCAUCUAAAAUUCUUCAACAUGAGCAGAAAGAAGAGUUUUCAGCUGCAGGCUGUGCAAUGAGUCUUGUAAACAACCAGCAAAUGAAGGAGUCCUGCAGAGCAGUCCAACAGGAGGAGCAACCAAAACGAAUUGCUAAGUUUUGUUCUGACAUCAUGGAAGAACUUGACACAUUGCUUCCAUUGGCUCUGGCCUGCAGAGAUGAUUCUCUUCAGGAAAUUAGAGCAAACUUUGUAGAGGCCUGCAGCAAAGUGGCAACAGCUGUUCUGUCAAGACUGGAGGAGAAAAGCAAAGAUGUUCCCUUCAAGGCUCCCCUGCAAGACUUGUAUGCUGCCCUUUCCACAGCGAUAUAUGUCUUUCAGCAUUUUACAGUGUAUAGCAAUUUAAUGAGAGAAACAAGCAAAAACCCCCUGUUCCUAGUGCCUAUCCAAAAAUGUCAGGAAUUCAUCAAUAUUCUCCAGUUUCAAGUUACGAACUACUGCAUCAGAGUUUGUGCUACAAGCAUUUUACAGGAUGCUGAGAGCCACUGCUGGGAUGACUACAGAGCUUUUUACGAGGGGGAAAGAUGCUCAUUCUCUGUCCAGAUGUGGCAUUACUUCUGCUGUGCUCUUCGUCAUGAUCUAUGGACUAUUCUACCUCCAAAGACAGCCCAGGAGAUUCUUACAGAUGUACUAGAGCGAUCUUUGGAUAUUCUGUCCUCCAGAUAUUGUCAGGUGUGUCCCAGUUACAAAAGAACACCACAAAUCAGAAUUGAUAUUGCAGCAAUUUUGAUGUCCACUGAAGAUAUGCUCUGGUCAAUUUGUAGUUCUGUGCAGGAGUUUCUGAAUCCACACAAAGACAGAAAUCUCAAGAUCUAUAAAAUACAUAGCCACUGCAAUAGUCUGAUCUCUGUGCUGGCUAUUUUAACUUCACCAUUGAAGAAUUUGUAUGACCAAUAUUUGUCAGGUCACCUAGCCCAGUGUCCAGAGUACAAAGAAGAAAGCGGUUUAGCCAAUCAGCUUUUUAAAGGACUAUUCAAUUGGAAACACUUUGAUAUAGUGGAUUUUAGGACAUUUCUGGAUAAUUCUGAUGAACAUCUUCCUCAAGAUUUUUCAGAAGUCUUUUAUCAUCCAUUACACUGGUUAUUUUGCAUACCAUCAUCCUGUUUUUCCUUUCUGAAGACUCCCUCAGCCAGAGAAAUGGCAGCCCAAGGUCUGCUGAAGCUGCUCUUAUCCCAGCCAUACUGUAAUUUGAACUUGCUUUUGGAGACAUUGCUACACCAUGACUGUCUCUUAGUGAAAAUUUUGCUGAGAAGCUCAAGUAAUCAAGCAUCAAAUCGUGGUGAACAAAGUUCUCUCUUGGAACAAGAAAAUAACAAAGAGCCGACUCUGAUUGAAACAGUCUUUACAGUAUUGUCUUACUGCACUUUAUCACCCAAAUCUCUUGGCAUUGCUUUUGAGUCCUACAUGGAAAAAGAGCUACUGUGGAACUGCUUAUGCAAUAUGACAGUUCUUCCUUCUGAAGUUUCCAGUUGUGGUGAGUCGGAGCCGGAAGUUAUCAGAUGCUUGAAGUUGACUUUGAUUAAUUCAGUGAAGGGUAUAGUGAAACAAAUAAUUUCUUUGAUGCAUUCAUGGGAGGCAACGGAAAACUAUGGAACAUACCAGCACAAGCAAAUAGUUCCUGAAAGUUUACUGAAAACUGUUCCAAAGGAAUGGAAUUACACUCCUCGGGAAAUGAAGAGAAAAGAAUCUGGGAAAUGCUUCACAAGGCUUGCAGCUCAAGCAGUAUCUAUUGUAAUCAGCAAGUUACCUACAGUGAUUGCAUGUUUGCCUCCCCCAGUUAAAUACUUCUUUUUUCUGGCUGAGAGAAAAAUGUCAAGAAAUUUUGCUGAAUUGAAGAAAACUGGUCUGCUUGUCUGGAACUUGAUUGUAAUUAUAUGUCGGAUAUUUGAGGAUGGAAAUACUGCAGAAUUUUUAACAGGUGCAACACUUGACAGAUGGAGCAAAGAAAAACUCGGUUUAGUUCGUGUGUGCUUAGAAAGUAUUAUGGGAAAACAGAAAAGUGGUCCUAAGCAAGUGACCCAGAAGAUUAUACAAAGCAUUGAACAGCAAAGACCAAACUGGAUUGAAAGCCAGUUGCUGAAGGCAAGAAAAUUGAGCAUAGACUGUGCCUCAGUCUCAGUUAAAGGUGCAACAUUAGAGGAAGGAGGUAUUGCACUUGGAUUCUCUGAACAUAAUAUAAACAUGAUGGUCCUGGAUAUCUGCCACAAACCAGGUGGCAGUGAGUACCUGAGGCAAAUUUAUCACAUCAUCCGGCUCAAUGAGGAAUAUUUGAAAGAGCAGCUGUCUGGUGAGAAUUCUUCUGAAGAUGGUGCUACCUCCAGUCAAUGUCUGCCUUUGACGCUGAAGGGCAGAGAAGAGCAGCCUGUCUUCAACCCUUUCCAGGUGUACAGACAAUCUUAUGCAAAAGUAUUCAAUCAGCCAGCCUUUACUGAAUGGAACUGGGAUUGGUCAAGCUUGCUGCCAGGUUACUUGGGACUGAAUCCAAUGGCCUUCAGGGUGCUGCUGUCACACAGGUGGGAGAUGAAAGAAGAUGCAGAUCUUGAAGAUGAGGAGGAAAUCAUGGUGGAACACUUAAAAAAAGUUUAUUUGACACAAAGGACUCCUAUCUCAGAGGACAAAGAAAAACAAUUACCUUGACAGGUUUUGAGUGGCACCUUUCUUCUGGAUUCAAUAAGAUUAACUUAAUGUCAUAACUCACAGUACUAGAAAGCUCAGAAAUAUGUAUCUUGUGUACAAAGUUUUAAACUAAAGAGUGUUCCCUUGUUAUUUUCUGGUCACCCUAUCCAGGAAGCAAUUGUUCACAUAUGCAUAAGGUGAGAACAGUACAGGAAAAUGUCAGUGUCAUAAAACAAGGAGCAUGUAUCUCAGUACUGCAGAAGCAUAAAUCUGAAUGACAAACUUAAGAAUUGUUUCAAAAAUAUAAGACUCACUCACUCACUCUGAAAAUAAUGCAAUUUUAAACACAAGCUAAGCAAAGUUUCUGGUUUCUAUCCACCACUUUGGAAUUGGAGUCAGCCUGUCCUCAGUUUGUGUCAGUCAAGGACCUUUUCCCUCCAGUGUAUUUUAUGGCUUAAAAAACACAUAAUAGAGAAAUUUUAGAAGUUUUGAGAAACAUCCUUUUAUUUAAAAUAAUUAUUUGCAGGCAGUGUUCACAGGAUUAUCUUAAAAGUGAAUUGAGAAAAUAAUAAUUUUUUUUUAUAAAUACAGUAAAAUUUCAUAUUCAUAGUAAUCCUGGUUUGAUAUUCGAAAUUUUCUGAAUACUAAAUAUUUUUCUUAUACACUGGUUAAAACUAUCACUGUUUUUUGAUACAGAAGGUCUAAUUAGUAUCUCUUUAGCUCUACAGAAAUAAUACAUAAUUUUUCUCUAAGUUUCUUUCUUUAGAAGUCCAAUGGAAGUAAUUUUUCUGCCUGAUGAAGGACUCUGGCAGGAUCUUGCUAAGGGUGCAAACUGAGCAGAGUUAUUUGUGUUCCCAGCAUAUCUUCACACAGAUGCUAAUAUGGACAUAACAGUCCAGUUCAGAAGGAAGAAGGCAUGCUUUUUUCCCCUAAAGGUUUCAGCAGCAUCAUAGGUAACAAUAUUACUAAUGCUGAUUUAGGGUCUUAGCUGAAAUGCAGUUUUUUUCUUCUCUAAGUUGCUCUUUUUUCUUUUCAUAUAAAGCAUCAAACCAUUUAAAAUUAAAAUGUGGACAACUGCAUCUUACAAAUCUCCAAAGAUCCUGUUAAAACACUGCAACACAAAAGACCUGCGAGGCACUGUAGCUUAAAAAAUGCUAAAAACAUUAUUUAAAAAAUAAAGCAGAUAUUUUCCUCUGCUGCCAGUGUAGUAUUUUCAGAUCAUAAAGAAGUGUCGAAAUGUGAAAACCAAUUUUUUUUGCUUUGUAUUUCACCUUUAAAGAUUAGUGGUGGACUUCAGGUUUAAAACAUGUCUACAGGGAUCUUCCAUGACAGCAGGUUUGGUAUUUUGACAAAUGAGGCACACAUAUUCCAAGCCACACAAAUAAUGUGUUAGUGUACAUGGAAAUUGGAGUUUAGAAUAUUCUCUGCUAUUUUAUCAAAAUCUAUCAUACGUAAUUAACUUUUUGUAUAGUCACAUAAAGUGUCUAUGUGGUGAAACUGAUUGAAAUACUUCUUGUGAAAAUGUUCCCCUUCUGGGGAAUACCUACUCUGAAGAGGAUAAAUUUUGCAAGUGAAUAAGUUAAUUGAGAAUAAAACCCGUCACUUACACUUAAGUGGGAAUAUCCAUACAGCCACUUCCCUGGUCCUGUUGGCCACACAAUUUUGGAUAAAGGCCAAGAUACCAUUGGCCUUCUCAGCUACUUGGGCAGAAUCUAGUUCAUGUUCAGCUGGUUGUUGACCAGCAGCUUUUCUGCAGUGCCGCUUUCCAGUUGCUCUGCCCCACACCUGUGGCAUUGAUUUGAGUUGUUGUGACCCAAGUACAAGUGUUGAACCUCAUUCCACUGGCCUCAGCCCACUGAUCCAGCUUGUCCAGAUCUAUUGUAAAGCCUUCCAACACUCCAACAGGUCAACACUCCUGCUCAAUUUGGUGUCAUCUGUAAACUGACUGAGGAUGCCCACUAGUCCCUGGUCCAAAUAAAGAUAAAAAUAAAUUGAUAAAGAUAUUGAGCAGUAUUGUCUCCAAUACUGAGCCUUGGGAAAUCCCACUUAUGACUGGCCAAUGACUAACAUGCAUAAGAACAUAACAGCAUAAAAGCUGAACCUUUGCACAGUAUUUUAUUUGGAUGCUUUUCCUAUCCAAACCUAUAUGUGCAUCUUUUAUGGUAUCUGAGUGCAAGCAAAUGUGUAUUUUAAAUUGUACUUGACCCACAAUCCUUACUGAGAAAUAUCAGGGCCGAGAAAUAUCAUACCAAGAAAUACCAGAUUAUUCCUCUUUGGUCUUGCUGGCAAUGUAUCCAUUCCAAAUAACAUUUAGGGUAUAAAAGGGACAUAAUCUUAAAAUAUUGUUUAAUGCUGAAUACACACUUCUACAACAUUCAUAUUUAUUCAAUAAAAUUACAGUAAUAAUAAGAAUUGUACAACUAAGAUUGCUAAGUAACAUGCCAUUAAUUUGUCAAGACUGUUUGCUUUAAAUGUAAACACUUAAUUGAAAAUUGAAAUAGCUGACAGUUUUUCCAUUGUGAAGAUGUAUUCCAUAGACGCUUGUGUGUAAAAUUAGGAAUACUUUUAUAACUGUAAGACUGCUGCUUUCUUUGGCUUUUCUUCAGAAAACAAUAGUUCUAUAUUCUUUUAAAAGCUCUGCUGAUUCUAAUAUUGAUUAAAGAUUAAAUUAAUUUUUAAGAAUGAUGCAAUGCCCUGCUCUUUGACACUACUUAUUGAUCCAGGAAUUUCUUACAUUCAUGUUUAGCCUAAAUAAAUUUAAGCAACAGAAGUCAGAUCUGUUUGCUACAGUGUGUGCCCCAAGUUUCAUGACCACUGCAAUCUGAUAAUCUUAAUUCCUCCUGAAAUGUUGGUCAAAAAUUAAAACCAACGUCUGUUAUGUACAAUAUCCUCCUAAAAAGUUGGUCAAAAGUAAAAACUAAAGUCUGUUGUGUACAACAGACCUUUCUGAGUGGGCAAGAACCGGCCUUACUGUCUCAAUUGAAUUAGCUCAAAAGGAAGUUGUUGCAUUUAUAGAAAUUAAUUGGAUCAGAUAGCACAAACUAGGUUAACUAUACAUUAUCAUUAAUGCUCACACCUAAUUAUUAUUCAACAAUUUCAUAUACUUACCUCCUUUUACAAAAUAGGCUUUAAUGGGAGACUUCAUGGCAUGGAAUAUCUGUAAUUAGAUUUGUUUAAUGUCUCCUUCAGAAAGCUCCAAAUCUUAACAUCUUUCAUCUUUUGAAAGGUAAUUAAUAAAAUUAGAAGCAAGGCAAAAUUGAAAUUGCAUUAAUAGUAAUGAAACUCAAAAAGAGAGGAGAGAGAUAUUCUGGGAACGGCUCAACAUUUAGACACAGCCCUGUUUUCUAGUGACUGCUGUCCUGACAGACUCCCAUAGGCCAUGCUUUAUUCUAGGAGAGGGAAUUUGAUGUGUACCUAUGCUAUUUGCUCAGGAAAAAUACACAAAAGCAAAUGGAUGUUCUCUAAUUCACCUUUUCAUCAUCACAGCUGUACAUAGCUGUACAUAGUGGACAUGGCUUCUUCCAAUUAGCUUCUGCUGAUAGAAAUAUUCCAUUUCCAUCUUAGCUGGAAGGUCUUCACAAAGUAUCAGUGAGUCUUAUGUACAGUAAAACAUCAAUCAUAUACUGCCAUAAUAUUAUUUUAUGGAGCUCCCUAAAAAUAUGUGCAACCAUUUCUAGUGACAAACACUACUCACACUCCCAAGGCAAUGGUUGAAAGACAGAAGAAUUAGAUCCAUUGCCCAAUUAGACAUGAAAUGAGAGAAUAACUUGACGGCAACAGGAAGAUUUCUAAGUGACUAGAUAGAUCUUGAGGAGGAAAGCCACUUUUGGAGCCACUUUCCUCUUGUUGGAGGAAAGCCACUUUUCUGUAGCAAUUUUCCAUAUUGUAAACAAUGUUAUGAAUGGAAGCAGAAUCUCUAAAAGUAUUCUAGGUGUAAUGAGUAAAGGUGAGCUUGCUUUAUCAUCUAUCUUUGGACUCCAGCACUUGAAAUGCAGACUCAACUAACUGACUUUGCCAGGAAGGCAGUAUAAGUAAAGCAUGCAAGGUCUUGAGCAGGUGGGGCUAAAGGCCUUGCAAUAUCCAUCAGUAAAAUGAUGGAGGAACCAGAUUAUUCCUCUUUAGCAGCAUCAUUUGAGAAUAGACUGUUACUAAUUCUUGCAGUAAGUGAAACAAUACGGUGCUGACAGAAAAACACUCUAAAAUCUAAGGCCUCAUGCAAAGAAGUAAAAAUAAAUCCAAACACUUUUUUUUUUUUCCCCCAAAGAAAGUAAUUCUGUAACAAGUAUCUCAGGAAAAACUGACAAUUACCAAAUACUAACGAGUAAAGUGCUCUUCUGAAUCAAGACUGUAUCUCUAAAUUUAACAGACAACUACCCCUAAGCUGACAAGAAGUCACUGAAAUCACUGCUGGUAUGAAUUUCACUACUGGAUGAAAACCUUAAUAUCCAUGACAACUUCAGCUGUUAGUAGGUUGCAAGCAUCUCUUAGAAGAUACAAAUGUAAUACAUCCUGCUGAAGAAAGUGUCUGCUCAUUAUACAUUUUCUGCCUAUGAGGCAAAACUGACUGAAAUACCUUUUGUGAAAAACUUCCUCUUCUGAGGAACUCUUAUAAGAUACAUUUUGCAAGUGAAACAAUCUAAACCCCCUCACUUAUUUUUACAUAUGAAUGUCCAUACAUGGAGUUGUUUAAAAUGGGCUGUUGUCCUUUAAAUUCACACACCUUGAAAUCUUUAAACAGUCACACUGGGAAAACAAACAAACAAACAAAUAAACAACAAAACACAAAACCUUCAACCAAAAUACAAACAAACAAACAAAAACCUCCAAAAGAACAAACACCCAAAAAAAGGACAUAACAAAACAAGACCUUUGUGUCCCAUUCACUAGGUUUUCUCCUUGAUGCAUUAAUUUCAGCAGUAACCCACUGGGUAACAGUAGGACUGUUCUGUCUUUCCCUUUAGAAGCAUCAAGUCCAAUGAUUAACCCAGCAAUGCCAAGCCACAUCUGCACACCUUUUCAGUCCCUUCAGGGCUGGUGCCUCCACCAUGAUUAUAGAGUUUCUGCAGUAAAUUUAUCCAAGCACCAACUGACAAUAGUCUCAGUGUCUGCACUGUCCUGAGUUACAUACAUACUCCAUCUGGAAAUAAAGCAAAAAAUGGCAUAAUCGUGAUCUUGUUCAACAAGUUUGAUUAUUUCCAGUUACUAUGUCAAACAGAAUACCAUGUCUGCCAUGCCAAACACAGGUUUCAAACUUCAUUGAUAAUGGAGGUUUGCUGCAACAGCACAUAACUUCUUCCUUUUAGGGCAACCUUUUAAAAAAAUAAUAUCUUUUCAGCCCUCCCAGUAAAUACAAGCACUCAGCCAUUAGAAAAUACCUGAUGAAUCAUUAGCAAUGCACCCAGGAAUGUUCUUUACAAUACCUGUUAAUGACAUGCUUAUGUAUAUUCUGUCCCUAGAUUAAUUCACUAGAGAAUGGAAUAUGAAUAUACAAGCAACUUUGAUAAAUUUGUGAUUGCCUAAUAUCCAACAAUUUUAUAACUUUGUCCCAUAAUCUGUGGUUUUGAGGUAAAAAGUCAAUAAAUUUUGAAUACUUGGUUUCCAUAAAGAAAUAGGCUCACAUAGUUCUUCAUGGAUCAUCUUGACUGAUUUUCUUUCCACCUCAAUACUGCCUUAUUGGCAUCCAUGACAAACUUACUGGUUUAUUAGUAUUGCUAUAAUUUACAAUGUGAUUACUGCUGCCACUCAGUUAUACAUAGACCAAUAUAGAAUCUUCCUGAUAGUUAUACAGACCUAAAGCUGUGUGGGUCCUACGCAGAUAAUAAUUUCAGGUUUAGGAUUUGAACACUCCUGCUCCUAAUGUUUCAUAUGAAUCUAUGUUCUUGCAUUGUUCUAAGCUAUCUUUGUUAUCUGGGAUAGUGGCAGCUGUGCUGCUAGUGACUAAUGUAUUUUGCUUCAGGUUUUAUUUUCUUUAAUUUCUCUGAACUUUAAAUUCACUCUUGGAAAUCCAUAGCACAUCUGUUUCACAAUCUGCAAACAUCUACAUACAAAUCAGUAAAUCCUAUGCCUUCUCAAACUUGAUACAGGGUCUUAGAGAAUCAAGAAUUCAAUAAAUGUAAAAUGGAGACCAACCACCUGCAAGCUUAUCAUUCAAGAAAUGCAGUAGUCAUUUUCACUUGGAUAUUCACCUGUCUGUAAAAUUCCAAAAUUUAAUCUUUAACAAGUUGUAACAGGACACUUCUUAUAUGUAUAAAUAUAUACAUAUUCCAUAUAAUUAACAUGUCUUAAAUGGAUUUUACUAUGUAGAUUAGGAUUAUGCUUUUCUCUAGAUAAUGGACAAACAUUGGGGAAAGAAGAGAUUGAAAUGGCAGGUGGCUUUGGGAAUGAAAUUCUGUUGGCAGGAAUCCUACCUGCAGCUAUGGAUUAACUUCAGGAAAUUAAUGGCUGAACAAGUGCUGUGAAGAUAUUUUUUUUUUCCCAGAGGGAAAUGGAUUAGGUCUUUUCAAACAACAAUAAAUUUCAGUUAAGACUCCCAAAUUUCACACAUGCCAUUCCACUUUAUGAAUGAAGAAACUGAGAGAGGUUGUUGCAUUUGCAACACAAAUGUGUAAUGUUAGUCAUCUGGCCUCCUUUAACAUGGAGAACAUGGCAGUCUGUUCUUGAUUUCCAAGAGCUGUGCUGGGUCUGUAUAAUUACUGACUGUACUACCAUCAGACUUUGGUAUCAGCACACAGAUAACUCCACUGUAAGGUGUGCCUCCAUCAAAAGGUGGCCUUUAAGUAUAUAACAGAAAAGGCACAUGUAUUUGUUUUUCCAUUUUCUGUGUACACAAAUGUUUAGAUGGCAGUUGUACAAUUUUUUUUAAAAGUUAUAUAAUACCCUGAAGCAAUCAUCUAAAGCAUCUAAAAUGCGUAAUUUAUUCAAAAAUCAUUUGUGGAGUUGAGGGAUUGGUAGUUUAGAAUGGAAAAAAUUAUAGGUAUGCUGAGUACAUUCUUGCAAAAAUAAAUCAUGUAAUGUUAUAUUGAGAUCAAUAUUUCAAAAUUCAAAGUACAAUUAAAUUGUUUGCACAUAUAAGAGCAGUGAAAUAACUUUGCAAGGUUUGCAUCAUAAACCAUAUAUCUACGGAGUAAAUAGUAGACCACAGACCAUAAAGUUCUGUCAUGAGUGUUGCUUUCAAUUUUUGUUUCAUUCCGCCAAAACUUUUCAUAUCAGUCUGGCAUUUUUUAAACAGCUAUAUACAGGACCAAAAAAUUAUGAGUGGUAACUUGAAAUAUAUAUCACAUAUAUUUAAUCUUUACAACAAAUGCAAAAGCAGUAAGUGAAAAACAAAGACAUAAAAGACUGUAAAAACUCUUGAGAACAUAUAAUGAAGCAUAAGAGUGAAUGUCACAACAGAUUUAUGUAUGUUCAACUUUCAGCAAAAACUGCUGAAGAUGAAUUUAAGAAUAUUUAUAUAUCAUCCUUUUGGCACAACAGCAAGAACCAAAAUAAAUUAUCCAGGAAUAGGACGUAAGAAACAGAUUCAGAGUGUAAACAACAAGUUAAAUAAGAAUUUUGAAUUAAGAAAUCUUUAAAGCCGAAAAAGAGGUUUUCAGCCCUGCACAGCACUCAACAAUAGUGUUGUUUUUUAAUGAGUUUUUUAGUAUUUCAAUUUCUUUUCUGAAGUUUCUGGUUCAACUAUUAUGAAAAGUAUUUUCAAAAAGGUAAAACAUUAUCUUUGUCAGGAAAACUAACAGAUUUUUAUUUUCAUGAAAUGCAUUCUCUAUAUGCUUUAUAAAUUGUACACAAAAAGCCAAUUCCAUCGAUGUCAAGCAAAAGAGCGAAUAAAAAGGAACUGCAAAGGCAGUUCUAAAGAGAA